CCUCAUCCAACGAGGAGCAAGCGUCAGUCCGCAUCGCUUCCAAUUCCCGCCAAUUCCCCCUCCUUCCAACCCAAUUGCGUCUGGAUUGAGGGCUCUCCGCCUCGCUUCACCCUCGUCCUCACUCCCCGCUCUCCCGAAUGGCUGCUUCCUUCACUCGCCUGGCGGGCAGCGCGCCCAAAAGGCUCUGCCUCCGCCCCUCGAGCUUCUCCAGAAACACUGCUAUCCCCAGAUCCCGGACGAUUUCGACGUCGCUGCCUCGCCGGUACGCAGAACCCACCAGCUACCAGGCCACCCGCCUCAUCCCGGCUGACCCGACCUUCACAUCUCUGGCCAACAAGGAGGGCCCUUCGGAGGCUGAUGUGGGCGCCGCCCUCGAGUCCGAGGACUCUGGAGCCGGCCGCAAGAUCCGCCACUACACCGUCAACUUCGGUCCUCAGCACCCUGCCGCUCACGGUGUGUUGCGUUUGAUUCUGGAGCUCAAUGGUGAAGAGAUCGUCCGCGCCGAUCCCCACGUCGGUCUGCUUCACCGUGGUACCGAGAAGUUGAUCGAAUACAAGUCCUACAUGCAAGCCCUGCCAUACUUCGACCGAUUGGAUUACGUCUCCAUGAUGACCAACGAGCAGUGCUUCUCCCUGGCUGUUGAGAAGCUGCUGAACGUUGAGAUCCCCGAAAGAGCCAAGUACAUCCGGACACUGUUCGGUGAGAUGACACGCAUUCUGAACCACCUCAUGUCCGUUCUUUCCCACGCGAUGGAUGUUGGUGCUCUGACACCUUUCCUGUGGGGUUUCGAGGAACGUGAGAAGCUUAUGGAAUUCUACGAGCGUGUCUCCGGUGCCCGUCUCCACGCUGCCUACGUCCGCCCUGGUGGUGUGUCCCAAGAUCUGCCCCUUGGUCUCCUCGACGAUAUCUACCAGUGGGCUACUCAGUUCGGUGACCGCAUUGACGAGACCGAGGAACUGCUCACGGAUAACCGUAUCUGGAAGGCCAGAACCCAGGGUGUUGGUGUUGUCAAGGCUGCCGAUGCUCUCAACAUGAGUUUCACCGGUGUCAUGCUGCGUGGUUCCGGUGUCCCCUGGGAUAUCCGUAAGUCCCAGCCCUAUGAUGCCUACGACCAGGUUGAGUUCGACGUGCCCGUCGGUGUCAACGGUGACUGCUACGACCGUUACCUCUGCCGUAUGGAGGAAUUCCGCCAGUCCCUGCGCAUCAUCCACCAGUGCCUGAACCAGAUGCCCGCUGGUCCCGUCCGUGUUGAGGACUACAAGAUCUCCCCCCCUCCCCGUGCGGCCAUGAAGGAGAACAUGGAGGCUCUGAUCCACCACUUCCUUCUGUUCACCAAGGGUUACGCCGUUCCCCCGGGUGAGACCUACUCCGCCAUUGAGGCUCCCAAGGGUGAGAUGGGUGUGUUCCUUGUCAGUGACGGUAGCGAGAGACCCUACCGCUGCAAGAUCCGUGCUCCUGGAUUUGCUCACUUGGGUGGUUUCGACCAAGUGUCUCGCGGCCACCUUCUGGCCGAUGCUGUCGCUAUUAUCGGAACGAUGGAUCUUGUGUUCGGUGAGGUUGACCGGUAGAAAAGGAUAGGACCGUCUGAUCUCCAACGAAGACCUGUAUAACAGCUCAAAGACACAUGACCCUGAUUUAUUGGUGCCAAAAUCUCGAUUAGAAGUUGCAGAUAUACCAAGAGAAAGAUUAAUUGUCUCUACUAUUACCAUCACAUUCGGCUUGUGUGCGAGUUUGUGUAACAGGUCCACCUUUGGGCUAUGGCGAUCUCCCCAAAAACCAGGUUCAACCUGCUGUACCAAUGUCCUUUUGCUUGUUACUUUGCUUUAUGGCGUUGAACUUUUUCCUUUGUAUCUGUGUCGCUGAUGUUGCUUCCGUCGACUGUGUCUGUCCUCCCCCUUUUUUUUCUUUCCUCCUUGUUCUCUCUUCCAUAAACCCUGUGUAUAGUGACUCAAAACAUCGAGUAUGAUUUUGG